AUGCCAGUUUCCGAGCUCAAACCAUCCAGCUCGUUCGACUCGUUCAAACGGUCCCGGUUCGCGUGUUUCGUCGACACGCUGUUGGUCGACUUCCACCCCAUGUACUUUGUCAUCACCAUGGGAACAGGCAUCACCAGCGCGGUGAUGUACCGGUUCCCCAUCGAAAGUGUUCGCGUGGGCAUGAAGUACGUUGGAAUAGUGUACUUCUUCAUUGAUCUGAUAGCGUUUUUUGUGGUCCACGUGCUUUUCGUGCUGCGCUACUUUGUGCUACCAAACCGUUACGACGGCACCUCGUUUGCCGGAUUGCUGAAAGAUCACCGUUUAAACGUGUUUCUUGGCGCCCAGGUCAUGGGAUUUGGGUCGCUCAUCAACAUGAUCUACUACCUGAAGCCAGAAUGGACCAUCUUCGUGUACUCGUUGUGGUGGAUCCAGGUGGGUCUAACUUUGCUCUGCGCAUGGGGUCUUACCUAUGUCAUGUUUGCACUCAACGAAAUCCCGGCCAGCGAUCUCAACGCUACCAUUCUGCUCCCGGCAGUGACUCUGACCGUCGCCGCAUCCACAGGCUGCAUCGUCAGCCAACAGCUGUCCAGCUACCGCUGGAAACUCUCCUCGGAGAUUGUCACGUUUAUGCUCUUUGGAAACGCAAUCAUGCUGGCUCUGCCACUCAUCGCGGUUUACUUCUAUAAACUGUUCACGUCCGGCCUGCCUCCAAAACAGAGCGUGUACUCGUGCUUCAUCCCGAUCGGCGUGCUGGGCCAGGGCAGCUUUGCGCUGCUGCUCAAUUUCCAGAGCCUCGCACAGCUGGUCCAGGCCGACUCGUCGCUCGUGGCACUCACCAACGGCCUCGACAGCCAGGUGCUGCUCACCAUCGCGACGGCACUGCAGCUCUGCUCGGUGUACGUGGCGCUGUUGCUCAUUUCCAUGGGCGUCUGCAUCUCUGUGGUCGCCGCGCUGUGCGUGCUCCAGUACGGCUGGAUCCACUCGUGGUCCAAAGCCCUUUGGGCCUCCACAUUCCCGCUCGGCACCAUGGCCGUGUCCCAGGCCCUGGUCUACGAGCUCACCGGAUGGAUAGGCUUCAAAAUCACCGCUUCCGUGUACUCGUUCGCGCUCAUCGCAGUCACAACAUACUGCCUAAUCAACACCUGCAUCCACGAAAUAGCAUGGCACAAAAUGGCCCAAUCUGUAUAA